AUGGGCGGUCCCAGUGGAGAUGGCUCCCCGGAGCAAUCCGCGGAUGCAAAGGAGGGCGAAUUUGGCGAACUGGGCGAACCGGGCGAACGGGGCGACCCGGGCGACCAGGAAAUGGACCCCCUGGACGAAUUCAUGAUGGAAAUAAAUAAAGUGCUGGAGGAGGAGAAGCAAAAGACGAAAUUGAGAGAAAAGGACGCAGAGGAGGCAGCGGCCAAGUCGGACCCCAUCAAAGGCAGCAGUUAUUCACGUGUGGAGAAGGAACCCCCCAGAGGAAGCACCCCCAGCCGUGCAAGAACCUACUUUGUUAGGGAAAGUAAAGCUCAUGGGGAAAGCAAAAGUAGUCACACCUUGGAUGACCAUCCGGAAGAGGAUGGUGGGCACGAUGACGAUAGUCUGGAUGACAAUGACGCCACAGCUGAUAUUUACGAAUUUUUGGAAAAAAAAAAUGAAGAAUUGGCAAAUGAGAAGCGGCGAGCAGAAGCGCAUGGAGGAAAGGGAACCCACAACAGGAACAUGAUGAGCGAUGAUUCUCCAGAUGACGGGGAUGACUUCUUCCAAAACGGAAGAGACAGCAAUAGGGAAAAUGAAAUAAUUGAAAAUGAUAUCAACUACGAUGAGGUGCAGCUGGAUCAAUUUAAUAAAGACAUCUUUGUUACAGAUGAAAGCAUCACCAAUUUUACUUUAGAAGAAAGUGUCGAGUACAAGAAGAAAAAUAACAUCACAACUAUCGGAUUCAGCGUUCCGAAACCCAUUUUUUCAUUUUUGCAAUUAAAACAUGUGAUAGACAAGGAGGUGCUGGAAAAUAUGUACAAUUCGUCCAUAAGCAUCUUGUCCCCCAUCCAAAGCAUCGUCAUUCCGAUCUUCUUAAGUGGUCGGGAUUUCAUAGCCAGUAGCAGAACUGGUUCGGGAAAGACCCUCUCCUUCAUCAUAUCUUUGAUAAUCCACUUGGGAAACUACAAACAAGUUGAGAGGGAAAGGAAGAAGAAAAACUUCGAGAGGGAGGGUGACCCCCCGGAAGAGGAACACGCAGCGGCAGGAGCGGCAUCGACAGCAGCACCUCCAACAACAACAGCUCAAGCAGCACCACCACCAACGGCGUACCCGUCCAAACAGGGCAAAGGCAACGCCUCGGCCCAUGCGCUGAUACUCACCCCGACGAGGGAACUGUGCGUGCAAAUAGGUGACCAAAUUGACAAACUCUGCUUGAAAAAACUAAAAUCGUGCAUCCUGUUCAGCGGAAUAAAUUACAAAAACGCAUAUGAGGACAUUCACCGAGGAGUGGACAUCAUAAUUGCAAAUGUAAAAACGUUAAUCAAUUUUGUUAAUAAAAAGUAUCUCUCCCUUAUGAAGAUAAAGUACGUCAUUUUGGACGAAUUUGACCGACUUUUUUCGAAGCAAUUUGUCAACUCCGUUACCUCCAUACUCAGAAAUAUAAGGGCUGACGCGAUGAAGGGAUUUUUUUCCUCCACCUUUUCUGAGCAAUCAUGUGAACUGGCAAAGCCGUAUUUAAAUAAAAAAUUCAUCAUCAUUAAGGUGGGAGAGAACAACGUUUUAAUCGAUAAAAAAUUUUACAUCCUUGAGGACCACGCAAAGUAUGGCUAUCUGCUCAAUUGUGUGCAUGCCUGCGCUCCAAGUGGCCAAGGAUUUAUUUUUUGCAAUAGCAAAAAAAAUGUGAUGACUUUAUAUGAAAAGUUGAAAAGGGAAAUCUCGCUCAGGCACAUUUCGUUUGACUACAUUUAUGGAGACAUAGACCAGACGGAGAGGCUGUACAAACUGGAUUGCCUGAAGAAGAAGAAAACGCAAGUUCUCGUCAGCACGGACCUCAUGGCGCGCGGCAUCGACGUCAUGGACUUGAACUUCGUCAUCAACUACGACUGCCCCAGCGACCUCUUCGUCUACGUGCACAGGAUAGGCAGGUGUUCCCGGAUGAACAACCGGGGACAAGCCAUAACGUUCAUACAGCCAUCCGAAAAAAGAAUUGCCUUCCUCAUUUACAGCCACUUAAAUAACAAAAAGGAAAAAGUGGACCAAGAGCUGGAAGACUUUAUUCGCAGCAACAACCUCCAUAAUGAUGUCCAAAUGAAAAAAGUGAAAAGAAAAAUGAACGACUCCAUCUUUGAUGUGUCCCAGAAGAAGGCAAAACAUCCGGGGGAUAACAAAUCCAUAUUGGCUGACUUUGCCUUUAAAAAAAUGUCCGCGCCGUCUAAAAGUGAAGAGGACGCUUUGAAAAAUGUGAAGGUCUUUACGCCAAAUGACGUUUUGACAUCCUCCGAUGAGGAAUACUGA